GGGACAAGAUGGCGCCGUCCACGCCACUACUGACAGUCCGAGGAUCAGAAGGACUUUACAUGGUAAAUGGACCACCACAUUUUACAGAAAGCACAUUGUUUCCAAGUAACAGGAACUCGUUCCUUGAAGAAGCGACUGAUUCCAGGUCUAGUACAGAAGACAGUACGAGUUGAGCUAGAGACAUUUUGGUCCAGAAAGCAAGGAAGCUAUAAAAGACUACCAGGGCUUUGUUGAAGAGUCACAAGAGUCAACUUCAGGGCAUUCACAGCAACUUAAGAUGAGGCAAUUUGAGCAUUGGAAAGAAUCAUGACUAAAAGGAUUGGGACAUUCAAGGAAUCCGGGAAAAAUUGCAAAGUCUAUACCUUUAGUAAGGAUGGCACCUUGUUUGCCUGGGGCAACGGAGAAAAAAUAAAUAUUAUCAAUGUCACUAACAAGGGACUACGGCACUCCUUCGACCUCCCAAAGGCAGUUUGCCUUGAGUUCUCGCCAAAAAACACUGUCCUGGCAACGUGGCAGCCUUACACUACUUCUAAAGAUGGCACAGCUGGGGUACCCAACCUACAACUUUACGAUGUGAAAACUGGUACAUGUUUGAAGUCUUUCAUUCAGAAAAAAAUGCAAAAUUGGUGUCCAUCUUGGUCAGAAGAUGAAAGUAUCUGUGCCCGAAAUGUUAACAAUGAAGUUCACUUCUUUGAAAACAACAAUUUUAACACAAUUGCAAACAAAUUGCAUUUGCAAAAAAUUAAUGAUUUUGUGUUAUCACCUGGACCCCAACCAUACAAGGUGGCUGUCUAUGUUCCAGGAAGUAAGGGUGCACCUUCAUUUGUUAGAUUAUAUCAGUACCCCAAUUUUGAUGGACCUCAUGCAGCCUUAGCUAAUAAAAGUUUCUUUAAAGCUGAUAAAGUUACAAUGCUAUGGAAUAAAAAAGCUACUGCUGUGUUAGUAAUAGCUAGUACAGACGUUGACAAGACAGGGGCGUCCUACUACGGGGAACAAACGCUGCACUACAUUGCAGUGAACGGAGAAAGCGCUGUCGUGCAGCUACCAAAAAAUGGCCCCAUUUAUGAUGUCGUUUGGAAUUCUAGUUCUACUGAGUUUUGUGCCGUUUAUGGUUUUAUGCCUGCCAAAGCGACAAUUUUCAACUUGAAAUGUGAUCCUGUUUUUGACUUCGGAACUGGUCCUCGUAAUGCAGCCUACUAUAGCCCGCAUGGACAUAUAUUAGUACUAGCUGGGUUUGGAAAUCUGAGGGGACAAAUGGAAGUGUGGGAUGUUAAAAACUACAAACUUAUUUCUAAACCAGUGGCCUCUGAUUCUACAUAUUUUGCUUGGUGCCCUGAUGGCGAGCAUAUUUUAACAGCCACAUGUGCUCCCAGGUUACGUGUCAAUAAUGGGUACAAGAUUUGGCAUUAUACUGGCUCUGUCUUGCACAAGCAUGAUGUGCCAUCAAAUGCAGAAUUAUGGCAGGUUUCUUGGCAGCCAUUUUUAGAUGGAAUAUUUCCAGCAAAAACGAUAACUUACCAAGCAGUUCCAAGUGACGUACCCAGUGAAGAACCUAAAGUUGCAACAGCUUAUAGACCUCCAGCUUUAAGAAAUAAACCAAUCACCAAUUCCAAACUACAUGAGGAGGAGCCACCUCAGAAUAUGAAACCACAAGCAGGAAAUGAUAAGCCAUUAUCAAAAACAGCCCUGAAAAAUCAAAGGAAGCAUGAGGCUAAGAAAGCUGCAAAACAGGAAGCAAGGAAUGAAAAGAGUCCCGAUUUGGCACCUACUCCUGCCCCACAGAGCACACCACGAAAUACUAUCUCGCAGUCAACCUCUGGAGACCCUGAAGUAGACAAAAAAAUCAAGAACCUAAAGAAAAAACUGAAAGCAAUCGAACAACUGAAAGAACAAGCUGCAGCUGGAAAACAGCUAGAAAAAAAUCAGUUGGAGAAGAUUCAGAAAGAGAAAGCCCUUCUCCAGGAGCUGGAAGAUUUGGAAUUGGGUAUUUAAACAUUCACAGAAAGCCAAUUGUUACCAGAAAUCAGUGCAAACACAUUUUCUGAUAAACCCAUUGGUGUACAUGAAAUACCCAUGUACCCACAUUUAAUGUUCAUCUAUAAUUUUAACCAUUUAUCCAAGAUUCUGCAUAUGUAUAAAAUUAUUUAAUAAUGUCUAUUAAAUUGAUUUUUACAUCCUGCAUCCUAUGCCAUGUCAACACAUGAUGUAGAAAAGAAAUACAUGAAUUUCUUUAGUAAGCCUGACAGAUUGAAAGACGAUGUCAUUGCUUUUUUUAGUAGAGGAUAGUAUUUACCACAUAUGUGAAUAAAAACAAUUUAAAUUUAAUCAUUGUUGGCUUUGUUAUAAGUUGCUAAGUUAACAGAUCCUUUAUUAAUUUACAAGACAAGUUUGGGAAAUUUUUCCUUUGAAUAUGUAAUAUGGCUUUUUUCUUAUCCUAAAGCAUUCUUAUACUGUCCAAACUUGAAAGAAAAGCCUUAAAUAUCAGAUUUUACUAAAUAUAUUAAAUUGAUUAUAUUAUUUGUAGUAUUUGGAAUAGUUUUUCUGGUUCUAAAAUACAGACUUUAAAAAUGGAAAAUAGUAAAACAUUUUAUUUUGGUAUUUCAAAUACUAAAUCUAGUGAUUUAAGGAUGAGGUAGAUAUUUUCCAAACAUGAACUAUGAUUAUUUUGUUGUAGUCGAGUCUUGAUUGUUUUGAUUGUUUAUUCAUAUGAUGAAAAAAAAAGAUGUAAUGAUAAUGCCAGACGCUCAUCUAUCAAAACUAAUUUAUAUUUGGUUUCAGAGUCUAUUGCAAUUAAUUUUUUUAAUCAGGUUUACAUUUGAAAUUACUUUUCUUUUUUUAAGGUUGAUUACUUUAAGUAAUCUCUACACCCAACAUGGGGCUGGUAUUCACAACCCCCAAAGAUCAAGAGUUUCACACCCUUCCAGUGAGCCAGCCAGGCACCCCAACACUUGAAAUUACUUUUCAUUUGCAUCGAUGACCCGUUUUCCAAGAGGUAGUAUUUAAACUGAUAGGUAAAAGAAUCCAGAAACACCUUGAGAAACAAAAACAGAUAACUGAGUUUACUGACACCCCAGAACUUCUAAUAAGAUUUGGUAAAGACCUAAUUCAUUAAAAUUUGAGUGUUAUUUUAAAUAUUUUGUGUGGAGAGAGAGAGAGAGAGAGAGUGUAUGUGAGUGAGUGAGUGAGUUUGAGUGUGAAUGCACACACAUAUAAUUGCUUUCAACAUUAAUUCAUUUCUGAUAAUAAAAACUUAAGCAGAUAGAUUACUUUUACGGUGUAUUACCUUAAAAAUCGUUUUUCUAAUAAAACAUUAACUAAUGCA